UCUUCCCCCCUAAAAAGCAUUUGGUUGUUCAACAUGGGUAGUGAAAGGGUGUACAUUGGGUUUCUAGUGCUAGGGGUUUUGGGGUAUUUAUGUGAUGCGCAAGAGGGCAAGCCAGUAUACACCCAGGCUCCAGUGGUGGCUCUCCCAACCUUCAAGCCAGCAUACACCAUGGCUCCAGUGGUGGCCCGCCCAACCUUCAGCAGGCCAGCAUACACCCCGGCUCCAGUGGUGGCCCGCCCAACCUUCAGCAGGCCAGCGUACACCCAGGCUCCAGUGGUGGCUCUCCCAGCCUUCAGCAAGCCGGCAUACACCCCGGCUCCAGUGGUGGCCCGCCCAACCUUCAGCAGGCCAGCAUACACCCCGGCUCCAGUGGUGGCCCGCCCAACCUUCAGCAGGCCAGCGUACACCCAGGCUCCAGUGGUGGCUCUCCCAGCCUUCAGCAAGCCGGCAUACACCCCGGCUCCAGUGGUGGCCCGCCCAACCUUCAGCAGGCCAGCAUACACCCCGGCUCCAGUGGUGGCCCGCCCAACCUUCAGCAGGCCAGCGUACACCCAGGCUCCAGUGGUGGCUCUCCCAGCCUUCAGCAAGCCGGCAUACACCCCGGCUCCGGUGGUGGCCCGUCCAGCCUUCAGCAGGCCAGCAUACACGCCGGCUCCAGUGGUGGCCCGUCCAACCUUCAAGCCAGCAUACACCCCGGCUCCAGUGACUGCCCGCCCGACCCUUGAGGGACCCACGGCCCCCAAGAUUCCAGUGGAAGCUCCAACUCCCAAUCCUAUUCCUGCUAAGGUCCACUGUGGGGAAAGCUCUGUUCAGGUGGAAGUGGAUAUGGACCUGCUUGGCAUUGGCCAUGUCAUCCAACCAUCUGACAUCACCCUGGGAGGCUGUAGCCCUGUUGCACAGGAUGAGUCCGCUCAAGUGCUUCUGUUUGAGACUGAGCUCCAUGGCUGUGGCAGUGUGCUUGCUAUGACUGAGACCUCCCUGUUUUACACCUUUACCCUCACCUAUCAACCUCAAGCAAUUGGUGCCACUCCCAUCAUCAGGACCUCAAGUGCAGUGGUGGGCCUCCAGUGCCACUACUCCAGGCUGCACAAUGUGAGCAGCAAUGCCUUGAAUCCAACCUGGGUCCCCUACUAUUCUACUGUGACUACUGAGGAACUGCUUGUAUUCUCCCUGAGGAUCAUGGAUGACAACUGGCAGCUGGAGAGGCCAUCCAACGUCUUCUUCCUGGGGGACCUCAUUAACAUUGAGGCCUCGGUGGUCCAGGCCCACCACGUGCCCCUCCGUGUGUUUGUGGAUGCCUGUGUAGCUACUUUGGAACCUGACAUGAAUGCAGUCCCCAGAUAUCCUUUCAUUGAGGGCAAAGGGUGUCUAAUGGAUUCCAAGCUGACCAAUUCCCGCUCCCACUUCCUAUCGAGGGUACAGGAUAACAAGCUGCAAUUUCAGCUGGAUGGUUUCAGGUUUGCCCAGGAGACCAGGUCUACUCUCUACAUCUUCUGCCAUCUGAAAGCAAUUCCUGAUUCUGAUGGGAAGGCCUGCUCGUUUCCUCUUGGACAGCAAAGGUGGAUUGAAGCGUCUGGGAAUGACCAGAAAUGUAGUUGCUGUGACUCUGGCUGUUCUGGGAGGAAGGGCAGAAGUGUGGAUUCAGCUAUACAGUACGAGUUUGAGGCAGCCCUACGCCCUGUCAUUUUCCAAGAGGCUACCAAAGAUGCUGUUGAGUCCCACAACACUCUGAAGAUGGAUCAUGAAGCACAAGGUGCCUCUGAGGCGGUGUUCAUGGCUGGAGUGAUGGCUGCAGUUGCCCUGGUCUGCAUCAUUGUGCUGGUGCUGGUACUGGUGUGGAGACGCUACAAACGUGUUGUAUUGUGACCGUGUGAGGCUUCUUAAUAAACAUGGUGAAAAGA